AAUGAUGAUGAUGAUGAUACAUUUAAUCCUGAUGCUGAUAAGGAUAAAGAAUGUAGUCAAUGCCUGGUGAUUAUGUCGAUGGUUGAAAAACAAGUUUUAAAUAACUCUGAUUUAGUGGUAGAUCAGUUUGAAGAGGAGGUUCUGAGUGCCUGUGAAGUGGUUAUAUUUCCAGUUGUUGUGAGUGGUUGCAGAAUUGCUGUUAAAAAAGGACUUGAUGUUCUUCGUCCUGAUUUGAUCAGUGUCUUCAAAAUGGUGAUAAAAAGACAGUUUGAUCCGGUUCAGAUUUGCUCUGAAGCUCUUCACUAUUGUCCUGCUUCCUUCACCACAACAACCACAAAACCAAAAACAACAACCACAAUGACGACUACAACAACCAUCCCUACAACGACUACAACAACUAAAACUACAACAACUACUACUACUACUUCUACUACUACAACUACAAAAACUACUACUACAACAACAAAAACUACUACUACAACCACAAAAACUACAACUACAGCCACUUCUACCACAACAACAAAAACAACUACUCCAAAAUCAACAACUUAUAAAACAACAACUUCUACAACCACAACAUCAUCUACUACCAAAAAAACUACCACAAUGCCAACCACAACAUCAUCUACUACCAAAAAAACUACCACAAUGCCAACCACAACAUCGACAACAACAUCAGUUCCUAUUACUACCACAACAGCAGUUUCUACAACAACAACAACAACAUCAGAACCCACGUCAAUAGAACCAACAACGCCCACUUUAAAACCUUCUGAUUAUGGUGGUUACUCAACAGCGCUAUUCUCUGUGGUUGGAUCUAUAGGAGGAGGAUUCUGCUUAGUUUUCGUAAUUAUCUUCGUCAGAUCAUACACAAGGUUUCUAUCAGUAUUGUACAGACCUCUUGUAAAUCAAAAUGAUGAACAGCCUAUGGAUGCAUGAAACCUGAGCAAUGCUGAUAAAUUUGUAAAAACAAUAAAAAAUGAAAUUAUUUAUA